AUGGCAAUAAAAUUAGCUGUCGGGGCUACCCAGAACAAGUAUGCGUACGUGCACGCGCAUACGCAUACAAGCGGGAAGCGACGGCGCUGGAUGAUGAAAAGCUCACCGCUCCAGUAA